AUGUACGGCGGCAUUAGACGACGAGCUGUCAAAUGCUGCACCGCGGUCCUCACGCUGCUCUACACGGUAUUGGCGAUCAUAGGCAUUGGCGGGGGAAUUGUCCUACUACCGCCCUUGGUGCGCAUUCAGCUGCCUUAUGAGAUGCCCAAGGCACUUGGAACGUGGCACAUGAAGCUUGAUAGCGCCGGCAAUCUGAUUACUGGCUCCCGAUUCGACUUUGAUAUCACAUUCUACAACCCGUCCCUUCUACCGGUCGCCUUUACCUCGCAAAAGGCAGCUUUCUACUUCUACCCUAUAGGACCCACGUCGGAGUGCAUGAAAUAUCAUUAUAAGGGGGAGUAUGUCAGAGCUUCAACGGGAACCGGGGUUAUAUCGCAACUUCAUCGGGAAAUCUCCAAAGACACCAAGGACGGCCUCAUAUCAAUAGAGAACUUGUCUGUCACAAUUCCGCCGAAGAGGCGCCAUUACGACCUUUACAGUACGAGGGUCCCAGUAAAGGCGCAUUUCGAGGUCUACAGAGGCAACAAAGGCGUUUUGAGUGCACUAAAACCGCUAUACAUGGACUGCGUUAAGUACGGGGCGAUACUUCUGACAUUACGCAUAAAGGAGAUGACCAAUCGGUUGUGGAUGCUGAGCAAAAGUGUUCCCGUGACUUACGAGCUCCUGCUUCCCCUUCGAUGCGAGGUGCAAGGUUCGCUUGCUCCGUUGUUUUCUGGCCCCGCAACAUUCGGUGUGAGUAUGCUGCAGGAAACCACCAAUUAUGGCGAACGGAGUGACGCUGCUUUCGGCGGGACAUAG